AUGGCGCUGAAUUUGGAAGACGUACUGAAACAACUCGGAUGGAGCGAUGGAUUUCAAAUACCGAUCGCCAAUGCGGAAAACAAAAUUCUCGAAGAGGAAUUGGCCAAGUUGAGUUUCAGGAAACAAAGAGGUCGAACGAAUUUGGAUGUCGUAUCUGCCAGAUUGAACGCCAUCAACGAUCAUCUGAAGUUUGUCAACCAGGAAAGUGAUCAAACACAGAAACUGAUCAAUACCCACAAGGAGCAGUUGGAAACCCUAGAACAUGUAUUUUGCAACACGAGAACCGAUAACCGAAAUGCACAGCACGCAUUCAAAAUGUCUGUCCAACAAUUGAAAGAAGCUGAGUACGCCCAAAACGAGAAAAAAACCGAGCUCCAAAAGCUAAUAAUGAAGGCCGACAAACUCAAAGCAGAAAUGGACUGGGACUCGGAGGCGUUGAAAGCUUGGGACGAAGCUCUGAAGAAAAGAGACGAAGACAUCGAACUGCUGAGGAAGUUCUUCAAAGACGACGACAGAAAAUUCAACCAAUUAGAAGCCAGACGGCAACAUCUCAAAGCCGAAUUGGUUUCUGUUCAAGAAAAGAUCGAAAAAAUCGCCUCUAAUUAUCACAACGCCGAACAGAUGGUUGAAAGAUCGGGUAAGGUAAUUAAACAAUUGAGCAACGAAAGGGAGGCGUUGAUCAAUCAAUGGAAGAACACCGUAGGGAUGUUGCAACAGCGCGAUAGCGACAUUAUGCGCGCUCAGGAGGACCUGGGCCACGUGAACGAGGUCCUCCAGAAGGCGGAAGAUAAAUUGAAUACGGAAAAGAAAUUCCUGGCCAAUGAAAAGAAGAAUAAUAAAGAGUUGGAAAUGGAAAUUUUGGAAGCGAACGAUAUCAGCACUAGGUAUAGGAAGGAAUUGGCUGAUUUGUAUCAUUACUUGAUGACAAAUCAAACGGCGCUCCAAGCCCUCAAACGGCAAAUGGGUAAAGUAGCCCUCGAUUUGAACAACGAACGUAUCAAAUACAAAAGACUUGAGGAACUAUACGAGGAGAAGAAAAAUUUCUGUCAAGAAUUUUCGGAUAAUUUGAUCAAACUAAACGAAAAACUCGAGGAGGUCAGAAAUUCCGCCAUGACGUCCGAGCAGAGAGUCAACAAUAUGGAGAACAUGAUCUCGCACGAAGAAAUGGCUUACAACCAGCGACUAAUAGAUAUAGAGAAAAUUAAUGGGGAAAUCUUUAGAUCUGAGCAACUACUGAAAGACCAAGUCUCUAUAGCGAGCAACUUGGAAAUUGAAAUUAAUUUGUCGGUCUGCACUUCGAAUCAAUUGAGAAAACUUAUCAAUAUUGAAAGAAAAGAUUUGGACAAAAUUAAAGUGGUCGUCUACGAAAUGGAAUACAGAAUAGACGAAUGCGAAAGAAAAUUACUGGAAAUGGCAGAAGCGCAAAAGCAGGAAGUUCCAGAAGAAAUACAAAUGAAGAUUCAAGAUUUGGAAAAAUCACUGGCGGAACACAGAGAGGUUCAACAUUCGCUGCAAAGCCAAGUGGAUAGACUGCGCGAAGAGAUGCGUCGACUGGCAGUCGUCUUAACGGCGGACAAAGACGUACUUGAAAGUUUGCAAAAUAAGUGCGAAAACUACUUGCUCAUAUUCGAUAUAAGCAAGAAACAAAUUAUCGCCGCCAAAAAGUCUUUGCAAGAGAAACAGGUGGAAGAGAAUAUGAUGAAAUUGAGAAUCAGCCAUAUCGAAAAGGAUAAGCAAAAGGAAGAGAAACACAUAUUUAAUUUGGAAAAGUUGAGGCUUAAUCUCGAACAGGCGAUGAAAGAGAGACAAAUAGAAAUCAACGCCCAAAAGCAAAUCCUGUUGAUCAAAAAGCGCAGCCUCGAAGAGGACAAGGGCCGACUGAGAGGAGACGUGGCCGUCAGAAAGUUGAGAAUCGAACAGUACCAGAAAAAAUACGAUCUGGCCAUCUCCGGCUUAGGGAAAGACGACGACGGCCAGCCUCUGACUUUGGCUACCAUCAAGAUCAAGAACGCACAGGAGAAGUUCUUUUUGCAGGAAGAAGGCGAUACGCUGGACAACAAGAUCAAAACCACGGAAAAGGAGAUCGUAGCGUUGGAAAAUACUUUGAAGAUUAUCAAUUUGACCAAUGCUUCGUUUAAGACUAACCUGGCUCCGGUGACUGAUACUGAUCCCGAGGUCGAAGAAUUGCACGUAUUAGAACAGGAGUUAAGAGAAACUUUCGAAGAAUUAAAAAAGUAUCGUAGCGAACUCAGCGUCAAGGAAGCCGAACUCGAAGAGACCCGAAAACAUUUAAAAACCACCGAAGAAGAUCUUCACCUCAGUAAAGAAGAGGUCCACAAUAUGGAAGAGGAGACGGUACUAGUAAGAAAACAGGAAUUAGAUAAAGAAGAGAAGCUUAAAAGGGUAGAAUGCGAAUUGAAGAGGUUGUAUAAGCAGCUUAAGAACAAGAACAAGAAAGAUCUCUAUAAAUACAAUAGAGAUUUCGAGAUACGUCACUUACAAGAGACCAACAAAAAAGUUCUAUACCAGCUUCGUGAAUUUUCGAUGAACUUUCCGAACAUGACGCCGGUCAUCGCUAGAUGUCUAUCAGAGCACAAUCUUGAAAUGCCCGAAAACAAACCGACGCCCAGUUCAUAUUCGACGUUGUCGACGCCGAAGAGUUGUUCAUCUUCCGAUCACGAACAACUUAAUACACAGAGGACCAGCGUGACGUUCAAUUCGGACAAAUCUCAGCAAGUUUCGGUCACGAGAGUUACCUUGGGUUUUUAG